UUCGUCAACUACACGGUUUCAAGAUGUUCAACAUCCAUUUAUUCCUUCUUGAGGGGUGCUGGAAACAGGCACUUAACAUGUAUUUGCAAAUUCAGUUCAGUUAUUUCCCCCCAAGAACCCUGUUUAAUCUCUAUCUUCAUUGGUUGCUAGAAGACCUCCAAAAUCUAGUUGAAAUUAUCUAGAAAUUAUGGUAACUAGGCCAACCUCGCGAUCAAUGGCGUUUCUCAUUUUAUAAUAAAUGGCCGUCCGUUGUUAAAGGUUUAAGCAUCCUGUCAUUACCUGUUCCUGCUUUGCCACAUUGAGGUGGAGGUUCUUAAUUUCAUUAAAUUCUUCUACUUUGUUCUAUAUAAUCUGGCGUUUACAAAGUUUUUCUUUGUCACAACUGAUGGAUUUGCAAUUAGCAUUUGAGAGAGGAUGCAGCUGUUCUUGUGAGAAGCUAGAGCUGGUUUUCCCUCUUGUUGAUUAGAGGGAGUGAUGCCUUCCUCUCUGAUGGAUUGCACCUCCUUAUCAGUUGUCGCUAUCAGAGUGCAGAGGUCUAUCUUCACCUAUGGAAUAGACCAACAGAGUGUCAUUUUGAAUCGGAGCGGCUACUCACCGCCAUAUUGUAGUCCGCUUUGUUCCUUUAACAGUCUCUGCCUCGACGGUGUAGGAGUUGCAUGAUCUUCUCCACACGUCUCCGGCCACAGCUCUGCUUUCCAGUUUCCCCGUUCUCCGGAAUGAGGCCGCCCAUGGCCUCCACUCUAGAGACUCUUCCACCACUCCCCACCACCAUUGGCACCAUUGUCCACCACCCAAAGAAUCAGAACCACAACCCGUCAAUCCUUCUCCUGGAGAAGUGCAAUAGCAUUAAGGAAUUGAGACAAAUUCACGCUCAAUUCAUCCGAAACAAAGAGCAUUACCAACCAAACACGUUUGCUUGGAACACCAUUAUCAGAUGUUACUCUCGCUGGAACGAUCCUAGAGCCGCCGCCGGCGUCUACGUCGACAUGCUGAACAAUGGAUUGCGUCCCGACAACUACACCUUCCCUUUUGUUCUUAAGGCGUUUAACCGAGAAUUGGCGUUGGAUUGCGGAAAGGAAUUUCAUGGGCAGAUUAUAAAAUAUGGGAAGGAUUCGCUCUCUUUCGUGCAGAAUGCUCUGAUUCAUAUGUACUCUGGGUGCGGUAGCGUGGACGAUGCACGCCUUCUGUUUGAUAAAAGUCCUGAACGGGAUGCCAUUGCUUGGAAUGCGAUGAUUGCUGGGUACAUCAAAAGCAAGAAGUACGAGGAAGCGCUUUCGCUCUUCAGUUUGAUGCGAGCCGAGAAUGUGAAGCCGACUCCUGUGACUUUUGUUUCGGUGGUUUCUGCUUGCACGAAGUUGAGAGAUUUUGCGUGGGGCAGACGAAUCCAUCUGUGUAUAGAAGAAAGCGGGAUUGAGCUGAAUUUGAUCUUGGAAAAUGCUCUACUUGAUAUGUAUGCUACUUGUGGGAGAAUGGAUGAGGCAGCCAAUAUUUUCGAGAAGAUGCCGGUGAAGGACAUCAUUUCUUGGACGACCAUGGUUACUGGAUUUACAGACAUGGGGAAGGUGGACAAAGCGAGAGAAUUGUUUGAUCAGAUGCCUGAUAGGGAUUUCGUGUCUUGGACUGCAAUGAUAGACGGCUACAUCCGGGCAAACAGGUUCAAAGAGGCUUUGGCAGUUUUCCGGGAGAUGCAAAUGGCAAAAGUUCAGCCUGAUGAGUUCACCAUGGUUAGCAUACUCACAGCAUGUGCCCACUUGGGGGCACUUGAUGUUGGAGAGUGGAUAAGGGUUUACAUCGAGAAGAGCAAUAUAAAGACUGAUGUUUUUGUGGGGAAUGCCUUCAUUGAUAUGUAUUCAAAAUGUGGUAGCAUUGAAAGUGCGAUAGACAUCUUUGAUAGAAUGCCUCAAAGGGACAAGUUUACUUGGACAGCAAUGAUCACAGGGCUCGCCAUUAAUGGCUAUGCAGAAGAAGCACUUAAUCUUUUCUCAAAAAUGGUUUCUUCAACAAUGCCAGAUGAGAUAACCUAUAUUGGUGUCCUGAGUGCCUGCACUCAUGCUGGCCUUGUGGAUAAAGGGAAGGAAUACUUCUCUAGCAUGGUCAAAGAUUACGGAAUUUUGCCUACAGUGUCACAUUAUGGGUGUAUGGUUGAUCUUCUCGGUAGGGCAGGAAAACUAGACGAAGCCCUGGAACUGAUCGAUAACAUGCCAAUGAAACCCAACUCCAUUGUUUGGGGAGCUUUCCUUGGUGCUUGCAGGGUUCAUAAGAACAUAGAACUGGCUGAGAAGGCCGCAAAACACCUCCUUGAACUAGAGCCUGAAAAUGGUGCUGCAUAUGUACUCCUGUCUAAUAUUUAUGCUGUUUGUAACAGAUGGGAUGACGUUCGUAAGGUGCGGUCUUUGAUGACAGACAAAAAGAUGAAGAAGACACCUGGUUGCAGUUUGAUUGAGAUGAAUGGGGUUGUUCAUGAAUUUGUUGCUGGAGAUGGCUCUCAUCCUCAGUCAAAGGCUAUUUACUCAAAGUUGGACGAAAUGGCAAGUGAGUUGAAGUUAGCGGGAUACGUGCCCAAUACAUCGGAAGUGUUGCUUGAUCUUGGGGAAGAAGAAAAGGAGGAUGCACUUCAUCGCCACAGUGAGAAGUUGGCACUGGCUUUUGGCCUUAUCAACUCAGGUCCAGAGGCAACCAUCCGAAUUGUGAAGAACCUACGGAUGUGCCCCGAUUGCCAUUCUGCCAUAAAGAUCAUAUCAAAACUGUACGGCAGGAAAGUGGUCAUCAGGGACCGCACUCGUUUCCACCAUUUUGAUGAUGGUUUCUGUUCUUGUAAGGAUUUUUGGUGAGAGUUUUGAAUCACUCAUUCCCGUGGUCAGUUGAUUAUAAUGCCAAUGCCGAUGGACAAAUGGCGAAGGCCCCCUUCUUCUCAAAUGGUUCAAUUUAUUUAUAUUAGUUAAA